AUGACACAAACCCUAAAACCAAUUCUAACCAGUAAAAACCAAGGAGUUCCAAUUGCUUCCUCCGUUAAAAAGCAACUAACUAAAAUCACCGGAACCCUCACCUCCCAAAUCCAAUUAAAAGGUGAGCAUUCCCCAGAACCUUAUUAUUAUUCAUUUAUUAGAUUAAAGAGCCAGUCCAUCGAUUUACCAGUAAUUUUUAAACUAAAAGAUGGCCAAGACCAGUUAACCAAACCCACUCUCAAAAAAACUGACCAAGUCGAAUUGACCGGUCAUUACUCCCAUUCCGAAAAGAAUGUCCGCCAAAGUUUUACCGCUAACUCUUACCAAGUUUUAAAUGAAAAAAGAAUCAAAAAAAAAUAUCCCAGUUGCCCAGAUUCCUUUACUAGCCAAGCAACCAACUGA